GUUCACUUGAUGAUAGUUCAGAGUCAUUAUGUAGAUUUGAGAACGCUACAGCUUCUGAAGAAUCCCUCUCAAUAAACACAACUGCAAUUUUCAUUCAUAUCCCAUUGAGAAAAUUAUGAAGGGCUGGAAUUUUUCCUUUUAUGGUAACAGAGGGCACCAUAAAUGUCAGGCCAAAAACAUUAUGGUUUUCCUCCGAGUGUUUUACAACUUAGAGGUGGCCUCGUCAUCGCUGGAAUAUGUAUCAGAAGCAGUGGAGCAGUGGUCUUCAGACAUUUUUGUAAUGCUUUUCAACUUAGAGACAGGACCAGUCUGACCAACACCUCUCACCAGUGGUGGGGGGCGGUGCUUGCAGAGGCAGCUACAAUCCUAUUGGUGGAGAGUCGGUCUGGACGACAGGAGAGAAACACCAGGAAAAACGGUCGAAGCUGGCUCACGAUGUAACGGGACAAGGAUACAUUUCUGCCUGAAGGAGAAACUUUGUAUGGACAUGAAGAUAUUUUGGGAUAAUUUCCUUUUUCUAACAGAAAAGACGUUUAAGGGAAUUUAAAACACAGAUAACAUUACUUUUACAGUUUAUAUAAGGGUUUGGUUUUUUUUACUUGCGACUUUAAUUAAACAUGAGUAAAAAUACAAUUUAGCACCAGAAUGAAAAUGCGUAUUGACUACACAGCUGUCCAUUAGAGGAGGUGCUCAACAAAGCCCGCCAAUGUUCACCUUCUGUCGGCACUUCAGAACAAGUUGUUGAAAAAAAGAAAAAAAAAAAACAUUUCCUCGCGCUUGAAGAAGAACCAGGUAGAAAAGGAUGGCAGAGCACGAGAGCCUGGAGUAUGGAAAAGCAGAUUUUGUGCUUUUGGACAACGUGUCUAUGGAAGAAUUCAUGGCUAACCUAAAACUCAGGUUUGAGAAGGGGAGGAUCUACAGCUACAUCGGAGAGGUGGUUGUGUCCGUCAAUCCUUACCGUGCCAUGAACAUCUACGGCCGUGAAAUCGUAGAGCAGUACAAAGGCCGUGAGCUGUACGAGAGGCCACCCCAUCUCUUUGCCAUCGCUGACGCCGCUUACAAAGCCAUGAAGAGGAGGAACAAAGACACUUGUAUUGUCAUCUCAGGGGAAAGUGGAGCAGGAAAGACGGAAGCCAGCAAGUAUAUAAUGCAAUACAUUGCUGCUAUCACCAAUCCUAAUCAGAGGGCUGAAGUUGAAAGGGUAAAAAACAUGCUGCUAAAAUCCAACUGCGUCUUGGAAGCCUUCGGGAACGCCAAGACCAACCGCAACGACAACUCCAGCCGUUUCGGCAAGUACAUGGACAUCAACUUUGACUUCAAGGGAGAUCCCAUCGGCGGUCACAUCAACAACUACCUGCUGGAGAAGUCCAGGGUAAUUUUCCAACAGGAAGGAGAGAGGAGCUUCCACUCAUACUACCAGUUGCUCAAAGGAGCUCCGGAUUCUCUGUUACGCUCUCUUCACAUCCAGAAGGACCCAACAGCCUACAACUACAUCAAAGUUGGAGGCCAGAUUAAGUCUAGCAUCAACGAUAAUGCUGAUUUCAAAGCCGUCGCCGACGCCAUGAAAGUGAUCGGGUUCACAGGGGACGAGGUUCAGACUGUUUACAAGAUCCUGGCCACCAUCCUACAUCUGGGGAACAUGACAUUUGGGGUGGACGGUGAUGUGACCUUGAUAGAGAACUCGAAGCUGGUGUCUGUGAUCAGGGAACUGCUGUCCACCAAAGAGGAAAAUGUGGAGAAGGCCCUGCUGUACCGCACCGUGGCAACGGGCCGCGACGUCAUUGAAAAACAGCACACGGUACAAGAGGCCAGCUAUGGACGGGACGCUCUAGCCAAGGCCAUGUAUGAGCGUCUGUUCUGCUGGAUUGUGGGAAGAAUCAAUGACAUAAUUGAGGUGAAAAACUAUGAUGCCAGAAUCCACGGGAAGAACACAGUCAUCGGGGUGCUAGACAUCUACGGUUUUGAGAUUUUCCAGAACAACAGCUUUGAACAGUUCUGCAUCAACUACUGCAAUGAAAAGCUGCAGCAGCUGUUUAUCCAGCUGGUGUUAAGGCAGGAACAGGAAGAGUAUCAGAGAGAGGGCAUCCCCUGGAAACAUAUUGAUUACUUCAAUAACCAGAUCAUUGUGGACCUGGUGGAGCAGCAGCAUAAGGGCAUCAUCUCCGUGCUGGAUGAAGCCUGUAUGAACGUGGGCAAAGUCACUGAUGAGGUUUUCCUCCAAGGACUCAACGGCAAACUGGCCAAACACGCCCACUACACCAGCCGCAAGCUUUCACCGACCGACAAGAGCUUAGAGUUUGACAGAGACUUCCGCAUCAGGCACUAUGCAGGAGACGUGGUGUACUCAGUGGUUGGUUUCAUUGAUAAGAACAAAGACACUCUGUUCCAGGAUUUCAAGAGACUGCUGUACAACAGUUCUAACCCAGUACUGAAGGGGAUGUGGCCUGAGGGCAAACUGAGCAUCACUGAAGUCACCAAACGGCCGCUGACAGCUGCAACGCUCUUCAAAAACUCCAUGAUCUCAUUGGUGGACAACCUGGCCUGCAAGGAGCCGUACUACGUCCGCUGCAUCAAGCCCAACGAUGUCAAGUCCCCUCUGCUCUUCGAGCAAGAGCGCUGCCGCCAUCAGGUGGAGUACCUCGGACUGCUGGAGAACGUCAGAGUGCGCCGCGCCGGCUUCGCCUACAGACAAACAUACCCCCGAUUCCUACAGAGAUACAAGAUGAUCUCAGAGUUCACGUGGCCGAACCACGACCUGCCAUCAGACAAGGAUGCGGUGAAGAGGCUCUUGCAGGGAUGCGGGUUCGACCACGACGUGGCCUACGGCAAAACCAAGGUCUUCAUCCGCACGCCGCGCACCCUCUUCAGCCUGGAGGAGCAGAGGGCCGAGAUGGUCCAGAGAAUCGUCCUCUUCCUCCAAAAGGUGUGGAGGGGAACCAUAGCCAGAAUGCGAUACCGGCGGAUGCGAGCGGCCCUCGUCAUCCUGCGGGCUUACCGACGCUACAAGGUCAAGUCCUACAUCCGCGAGGUCAACCGUCGCUUCAAAAACGUCCGAUCCAUGAAGGACUACGGCAGACAUGUGAAGUGGCCCACACCCCCCAAAGUCCUGCGCAAGUUUGAAGAGGCACUCAGGAGCAUCUACAACAGGUGGUGGGCAUGGACACUGAUCAAAGGACUCUCUCCAGAGGAGGCCCUGCAGGUGAGGGCCAAAGUAGCCAGCCUGGAGGCCCUGAAGGGCCAGAGGGCUGACUUGGGGCUACAAAGAGCCUGGGAAGGAAACUACCUGAAGCGAGACAGCCCUGACACAGCUUCAUCGUUCACACUGGUCUCCAGCGAGCUGCAGCGGAAGGACAAAUUCAUGAGAGUUUUAUUCUCCUGCAACGUGCGCAAGAUCAACCGUUUCCACAAGGCAGAGGACCGGGCUGUGCUCAUCACUGACCGCCACCUGUACAAGAUGGACCCCCUGAAGCAGUACAAACCCAUGAAGAGCAUCCCCCUCUACAACGUGACGGGAAUGAGCGUGUCCCCCGGGAAGGACCAGCUGGUUGUGUUCCACACCAAGGACAGCAGGGAUCUCGUGGUGUGCCUGCAGGGCAUGGUGCCCGCCAAUGAGAGCCGCAUCGGAGAGCUGGUCGGGACCCUGCUUAGCCACUUCAAGAGUGAGAAGAGGAAGCUGCAGGUGAACAUCACAAGUCCCAUCCAGUGCAGCAUGAACGGGAGGAAGUGCACGGUCAUCGUCGAGCCCAAGAUCAACCAAUCGCAGCCAGACUUCACUAAGAGCCGAUCCGGUUACAUCCUGGCUGUUCCUGGAAACUAAAAUGGGCCGAUGAUGAAAAAAAAAAAAAAAACAGUGACAUCGGAUUUCACACCAAGCCGGAAUGACGACGAUGAUGAUGAUUCACUUCUCGCGUUUUUGUUUUUUUUGCAGAGCUGCUGAUAAUGUGACAAUGUAGAUAGCAGCUCUGGAGGAGGAUCGGGGUAAUUGAAUCCUCAGAAAAUGCAAAGCCAUGCCAAAUUUGCCCUUGUUUUGUAGAUUUCUAUGCAUUGUUACUAUAAACAGAAAGUGUAUAAAACGCCUACAAGCAAAAAUGCUAUUAAUAACACAGGUUUAAAUGCACUACAGGAUAAUCCACCAAAGUGGUGUUCGUUCUUUUUUUUUUAAAUCCAAAUUUCAAAUGAUUUGCUUUGUGCAAUAUUUAGUUUAUCAUAGAUGGAAUAUUGUGGUAGUAAAGGUGAGAGGAGAUUAUGCAGCAAAUGUUCUCAGAACCACUCGUGUUGCAUAAUAGGAAAUAAAAACCCAAAAGCUUUGCAGGAAUGUAUAAUCCCUGCAGCUCCCUGCGUCGGAGCCACAUCAAAGAUGAGAUUCACGUAUGACUCUGAUUUUUCAAAGAUAUUCAAGCAGCUUUGAUCAUCUUCUUUAAAACAGAAGAGGGGAAAUAAUAGCGAUGAUGACCUUGAUGGAAGGUUUUACCUACACGAUAAAUGAAAAGGAAACUGCAGCGUCCAAUUUUUAGUUCAUUUAAAUGUUUACAGCAAGUGAGUCAGUCAGUGUCUGACACUCAAAUCCCAAAACUAAUCCAUCGUUAGUUUGUUAGUCACAGGAUGUUGAGUCGGAUGUGUUGAGCAUAUCCUGAACAUCUCACCCUGCUACAUGCAAAAGCGUUAAAAUCUAUUAAUUUAAAUCUUAUACUCUCUACUGCAAUAUCUGUACUUUUAUAAUAUGCUUAUAUAUAUAUAUAUUAAAAGUUAGAAUAUAUGUGAACAGCAUCAGAUUACAUAUGUUUAUGCACAGCACUUAUACUCCCUUUGGAGGAUUUUAUGACUAAACCUGAAUAAUAAGGCAAAUAUGAAGAUUAUAACCAAAGCAUUACUUUUUUCAAGAGUAUUUUUUCAUUUAAAGAGCAGUUAAUAUUAUAUCAAACUCAAGACUUAAUGCUCUAGCUUAGUAACAGAGUGUUGCUGGCCAGUACUGUAUAAUCCCAUGUGAACUCCAGCCCCUGAACAUAGUCUCGUUUGUUGUCUUUGUGUCGGGUGAACAGCCUAAUGACUUGUAGUGGUCUUUAGUCCUUUUCAAUAGGCUGCUACUUGACAAAUAUCCCCUUCAUCAGAGAGAAAGAGUGUGUGUGACUGUGGGAGUGUGCACUGUAUGUGUGUUGAUUAGCUCUUCUUCUUUGGCUCCGAGACUUGAGAGCCUGGCUAGUGGCCACAGCGAAGGACACGGGGGUGUGAAAUCUGUAAUCAGACUGCUGUCCUACUUUACCUCCCUUAUCUAAUGAUGUUUGUAUCAACGCUAGACGAUUUCAAGACUCGGUUUUGUGUCUGAUCUCAGCGUGGAAAGCCAAAUCACAAUAACCAAAAUCAUCAGCGCUUGACGACUCGGAGUUUGGUUCGUACUGUUCUUGCAAGAACGUCGGCCGUGUUUAAAGUUUUCACUCUGUUUUUCAUCAUUGAUAUGUUAGCAUAUAACAUUAUAUUUUCACACAAGCUCUUCAGGAUUGUGCAGCCGCAGCUUAAAGUUGAGUCUUUACAUUUACAAUUCUACGACAGCGAGGCGAACAUCUGUUGAUAUGAUCAAAAGCUGAAGAACAACUUCAUUUUAUUGCCUCUUUGCAUAGAACAUCCACAUCAUUGGAUAUGGAAAGACUAUAAUGCUAAAAUGUUUGUUAUCUACUUAAACUCUCUUUCUGAAAAUAUGAGAUUUUGAUAUAAGGGUCGUGUUGACAGCAAAUGUCAAACCAACGUUGCAUCACCUGUCUGACUCAGCUGUAUUGUCUCAGUCAUGUCUCGGUAAAGAAUACUGACUGGCGGCUGAGGAACGACAGCCCAAGGUUAUGAAUCGACGGCUCCCUCUGCGUCUGUCCUAGCUGAAGAGGCGUUCAUGUCAACUUUUACUUCAACAGGAAGGCAAACUCGUUAGCAGUCACUCUACCCGCCGUCUCCUAAUUGUGCCCGAGUGUUGUCUGAACGAGCCGUUUAUCUUAAUUAGUUUGUGAGUGCCCCCUGUCUUGUGAUGAAGCAAAUCUUCCACUCUACCUCGCAGCUUUGUGGUGGGUGACCUUGUCCCGGCGUUUGAUAAGACACUUUGAUGCAGGAAAGAGCUGUUUGAGGGGGAAAAUGGUGCAUUCGUAGUGGGGGAUUAAGGAAGUGACAUUGGUGGCGUUAAUAGGUGCUUCUCAAUGGAGCUCAGACGCAGGGUUCUGUGAUGAGUGUGUGUGUGUGUGUGUGUGUGUGUGUGUGUGUGUGUGUGUGUGUGUGUGUGUGGGUAUAACUCAUAACACUGCAGCUCUCUCCAUAUCCUCCAGCAUGGUAAUCUCCCACAGGGCUUCUCCUCUCCUCUCCUCCUCUCUGCUCUGCUAUUCACCGCUCAUCAUUAGGAUGGACUCCAUGUCACGUCUCACUUCAGCACUUCUCUCUCUUUGCUUUUCUUAAGGCAAAAGGAGGAGUCGGUGAACAAAAGCCUCUCCUGGCCUCCUCUCCUUCCUCUACUCCCUCUGCUUUCUCCCCCCCCCCUCCCUCUCCAUCCCCUCCUCCUUCCUUUUACACUUUCCUUCCUCUUGUGAAAUCGCUCGGCUCAUUGCCCGGUCGGGCUGAUUUUACCAUCCUGCGGGGCAGUGAAGGUUCUCCUGUUUUUGUUUUUUUUUUGUUGUCUUUUUCCUUCAGCCGACCUGUAUCCAGGAGGCGAGGAAAUAAAAAAGGAAACCACACCAACGACAAGACAUGUUGAACAAUAGGAAUAUCAUGCAGCAACAACAAAAAAAUAUGAGAGAACGCUUGUGUUCAACCAGAAAUGUAAAAUACUGUGGAUCUAAAAUCUAUUAAAGGGUAACGCUGAUGAUAUUCUUUAUUUCUAUUGUCAACAAAUCCCUUAAAAAAACCAAAACAACAACAAUGCAUUAGUCGCUCUCUGUUGUUACAACAUGCAUCUCUUUGCCAGAGAGGAAAACAUCUUCAUUCAUCUUUUUAGAGGAUUUUUGGGAAGAAGAAUAAAGAAAAUUACCAGCCAUAUCCUUUAAUGUGCUCUGAUUUGUUUAUGAUGUGCAAACCCAAUCACCAAUGAUCACUUCUCCAUUGUAUUGAUUAUCUCUGCUAUGGAAUGAGGCUCUAAUGGAAGCAGCUAUACAGCAAGUGUAAAAAAAAUAAAAUAAAAUAAAAAAUCACAGGCUUUUUCUAAUUAAUCACUCCUCUAGAGUUUAAAAGAAUGUCAGAUAUGAAUUUUAACAAUAAGUGACUUGUGCCAUUGUGUCCUUCCCUUCACUGUUCUCCAUAGUGGGAUCUGAACGACUACAUUCCUCUAGUUGUCAGUGUGUUUUUUUUGUUCCAGACACAUUUUACACAAGACAUCAUUAUCAAGCCCGUCUGUUUUAGCCAAAGGGCAACAAAUUCCAUUUUCUCUUCCAUAAUUUAUUCCGUCCUCUGAGGCUUUGAGCAAAAAAAUCUGUAUGUAUAUGUAUACACCAGUCAUUCAGUAUGUGCCUAAUUUUAUAUUAAGUUUAUAUUUUGCAUAUUUAUGUAAUAUUUCAAUAUUACAUACCAUACAUAUACUGUAAUAUCCAGACCGAGUCUUAAGGGAUCUUUUCACCAUUAUACUGUUUUGUGCAAAUGCAUUCUGUAUAAAUGCAAAUUAUGCAUUCAGCAAUGUUCCAUGAUGAAAGUUAUUUCAUUAAUCAUUUUAUUAAUAAAUUUAUUUGCUUCAA